ACUUGUAAUAAACAUUUUUGUUUUCGUUGCGAAAUUAAAAUGGGACGUCACAAUCGACAGAAAAAUACUGUCGUUGUGGUCGUACAAGAACAAGGUUUUGUUCCAAUACGUAUGGUAUGUCCAUAUUGUCAUUCAAAAGUUUUGACCGAAAUCCGUUAUAAGGAUGGUUUAUUAACUUAUAUUCUUUGUUGUGGUUUAGUAUUAUUUGGAUGUUGGUUAGGAUGUUGUCUUAUUCCAUUCUGUGUACCUUCAUUGAAAGAUGUUGAACAUUAUUGUCCAGAAUGUGGAGAACUCAUUUACACUACUUUUCUGUCAUCGGAUCCGGCACCACCAACAGUGAUCGUCACUCAACCAAUUGGAUUAGAUCCGGUUCAAAUGAAAUGUCCAUCUUGCCAAGCUAACAUUGUUACUGAUGUACAUUAUGAGAAUGGUUUGCUUACCUAUAUUCUUUCCGGUGGACUUUGUCUUCUUGGUUGUUGGCUUGGAUGUUGUUUGAUUCCAUUAUGUGUUGAUUCAUGUAAAGAUGUCGAUCAUUAUUGCCCACUAUGUCGUACAUUAAUACAUAAAACUCGCCGUUUAUAAAUGAAAUAUCGAUUGAAUAAACAUGAAGAAUACAAUAUUCAAAAUGAUUCAAAUCAUGCAACAUGUUACGUCCAGCAAACUUAUUUGCAAAGAUUUAUUGA